AUGCACGCUCGCAGUAUGAAGCUGCUAUGCGUCCAGCUGGGGGUUGUCCUCGUCUUUGCUGCCGAUCCAUCGGUCAUGCUCCCCUCAGAUGGACAGCUGCCCGUCUUGACGCUACCUUAUGCGGCAUAUAGAGCAACGAACUACAGCUCUAUUGGAGAUAUAUGUCCGUCUUUGAACGGCUCCAGUUACACAUUCAAAAACAUUCGCUACGCAGCCGCCCCGGUCGGUGACUUGAGAUGGGCAAAACCCGCCGCACCCCAGAACGAGAACGGUGUCCAGGACGGCAGCUAUGGACCUCAUUGUAUACAGACUGCGCAAGCAGGGGCGAGUUUCGCUGGGAACGGCAGUCCCGGAAGUUCGCCAAACCAAUUCUUGGGUGGUGAACCUGUUCCGCUGUUCGCAGGAGGCAAAGAAGAUUGUCUGUUUCUCGAUGUCUACGUUCCAGCCAAGGCAUUGAAGGACCCCUCGAUGAAGCUGCCCGUGGCCGUAUAUGUAUAUGGUGGCGGCUAUCUCUUCGGCAGCAAGGACGCCUUCCAGCCCCAAUUCCCCUACUACGACGGAUCGGGCCUCAUCGAAAGCUCCGGUGGCAACACGAUAUUCGUGGCGAUGAACUACAGACUCGGGGGGUUCGGGUUUCUCGCGGGGACCACCAUGGAGAAAGAAGGCCUGCCAAACGCCGGACUGUGGGACCAAAGGGCUGCUUUCCAGUGGGUCAAGGACAACAUCCACGCGAUCGGCGGCGACCCCAACGCUAUCACCGCCAUUGGGCAAGCAUCCGGUGCUGGGUCUUUAAUGCAUCACAUUGUUGCACAAGGCGGAAAGCUUGACCCUUUAUUUUCAAAGGCUAUCUUGCUUUCGACAUCAUACCAAUCGAUGUGGGACCGCGAUGGUCAAAUCCAGCGGGUUUUCGAAGGGUUCGCUUCAAAAGCUGGCUGCCAGGGUCAAGGACUCGCCUGCUUGAGAAAGGCUAGUGUGGCAGACUUGACAAAAGCCAACGACGCUCUUUCAGGCAUGGUGCCAGAGGGAUCCUGGCCUGUUGGUCCGUCCGCGGACGGUUCUUAUAUCAGACAGCUUCCAGUUCUUGAGCUUGCCUCUGGCAAGUUCUGGAAUUUAGAUUCCAUGAUAGUGUCUCACUGCUCAGACGAGACCUCACCGUUCGCCGACGCCAACAUCGUAACCGAUUCCCAGUUCACCACGUUUAUCGAGAACCGGUAUCCUCAGUAUGUCAAGGACCUGGGAAUCACUAACCUCAUUCUCAAGGCCUAUCCGGCCGUUGGGUUGGGCGUGCAAGGGCCGUACCUCACCGAGGCGCAGCGCUUCGCGGCGUUCUUGCGCGACAGCUCCUUUACAUGCUACGGCAGGUCCAUGACCGAGAAUCUCAAGAAUGGAAGCUCGCGCCGCGUCUGGAACAUGCAGUACUCGGUAUCGCCGGGCACCUAUGGUUCGGAUCUGUUGACGAUGUUCUACAACCAGAACCUGACUUCCCUAAACACAGUCAUGGGAUCCCUGGUGUCUCUGUUCACGCCCCUCACAGCCGCCGUGUACAGUGGUCUCAGCGUCAACUACCAGAGCUACAUGACGUCGUACAUCACCACGGGCGACCCAAACACCAGGCGCGCCCGCAACACGACCGUGCCAACGAUACAGUGGGACCAGCCCGACACCAGCAAGGAGCAGGUGACGGGCGUCCUGGACGUCGGCACGCUGUCCUUCAGUACCGUCUCCGACUCGCAGAGCCCCAAGACUUCGUGUGACUUUUGGAAGAACGUGGCGGCGGCGGUGACGAACGGCGGGGGCUACGCUCCGCCAGACACGGUCGUUGCGCAGAACCUGGUCAACAUAACCAACGAUCCGAGCUACCGCUUCAAGAGCGGAUCGGGCACGCAUGGCGAUACUCCCGGCAGCGGUGGCUCGCCCAGCGGUGGCAGCGUGUCCUUGGGGACAGCAUUGGCGGUCCCCAUCGCUGCGUUGAUUUUCCUGUCGGGGCCAAUGAUGCUCUUUUGA